GUUUCUUAUACUCGCCAUUGUUAUUUUAGUGACGUAUUAUUGCACGGUAUAUGGAUCUCUCAAUCAAGAACUAGAUCUGGACAUCACCAGAAGUGCACUAAAAAGAAAGCUGAGUAACUUGACAACAACGACAACUACAAAUUAUUUAAUAUCUCCGACAAACUUUCCUGUCAUUGGCGAUAAUGAUAUUAUUAAUAAGAGAGAAUCUAUAAUACAGUACAUAGAACAUGGUUUAGAAGAAGCACUGAAGGAAGAUAAGGGCACAGGAUGUGAAAUCCCGGAGCUGGAUCCUUUUGCGCCUGAGAUCAUGAAGUUUGAUAAGAAACUGCCACAAAUCGUGUGCGACGGCCAUGAUUGGGUCAGGUGUUACCAAGACGAAUGCACAGUGACACCACAAGCCUUAAUGUCGAUUAUGAGCAUAAAGUGCUUGUACUACGACAUCAUAUAUGAGUCCGAUCGACAUUACUCCGUGUCAUCUAAGGCCACGAAGGUUACUGGCAACGGCAUUUACUGGCUCAAAGCUUCGGACCAUGUUAAAGUGAAGUGUACUGGAACUCAUCUUAGGAAUUCGUCUGUUAGUACCACGCAGAGGCGUAUACUCCCAUCGAAAUGGACGGGUAUACUUACCGGAUUUCGGUCAACGGUGAUUCCCCCGCCACCCCCACCUGGCAGAGAAGACACCCUCAAUGUGCUAAUAUUCGGUUUCGACUCCACAGCCAGAAAUGGUUUUAUCAGGAAGAUGCCCGAGAGCUAUAAAUAUCUGAAAGAUGUUUUAAAAGCCACUUUCUUGACUAGGUAUAACAUAGUCGGAGAUGGGACCCCGGCAUCACUGUUCCCCAUCCUCACCGGCAAGACUGAACUAGAGUGGCCCGAAGCCAGGAAGUCUAUGGGCAAAAACUUCAUGGAUCACACCAACUUCAUUUUCCAUAGAGUCAAGCAAGAUGGCUACCGCACCGCGUAUUUCGAAGACCAGCCUUCCAUAGGCACGUUCCAGUACCGCUUCAACGGUUUUGCUAAACAGCCCGCGGAUCACUACCUGCGCGACUUCUAUCUCGAGGUGGACAAAAUGAGAAAACACUCCAACAAAUACUGUGUUGGUGAUACCCCACAAUAUAAGCUCAUGAUGAAUAUCACUGAACAGUUCUUCAAAAUGGACGCCAAGAAGUUUUGCUUCACUUUCAUAGCGGACAUAACUCACGACGACUUCAACCAGAUCACCUCUGCCGACAAAGAGUUCGUCAGUUUUCUGCGCCAGUUCAAAGAAGAUGGACGGCUACAGAACACGUUGCUGUUUGUUUUUGGCGAUCACGGACCUAGGUAUCUGAACGUCCGAGCCACCUACCAAGGUAAACUGGAAGAGCGUCUACCGCUGAUGGGAAUAGUUUUACCAGAAAAACUACUAGCAGAGCGACCAGAAGUAAAGGCGGCUUUACAAUCAAACAUCGAUGUUCUGACAACGCCUCACGACGUUUAUGCAACGGUAUUGGACGCGAUUGGGAUGACGGAGCAUUGGAACCCCUUUAAGGUUAAAGGCGCCGAUUUACCUAGAGGAAUGACGUUGUUCGAGCCGAUACCUCGCAACAGAUCAUGCAGUGAAGCCGCAAUAGAGGCCCACUGGUGUGCGUGCCACCGCUGGAUCACAGUCCCGCCGUCCGAUCCCAUGCACCGCCGUGCUGCUGACGCUUUAGUUAACCACAUUAACUCGCUAACGGAGUCCGCCAGAUCGCAGUGCGCCCCGCGUGCCGUCAUUUCGGUGGCCUACGUGGCGCAGCGCGCGCCCAACACGCGGAUGUUAGCGUUCGCGGGCGCGCGCGACGCCGACGGGUACGUGGGCAAGUUCGGCGCCGCCGACGCGGACAAGAAGACCACCACCUACCAGCUGCAGUUGGACGUAUCACCGGGCAAGGGAACGUACGAAGCUUCAAUGACGUACGUAAAGGCUGAAGACAAAUUUGUCGUCAACACGCGAGACAUAUCUCGUAUCAACGCGUACGGAAACCAGCCUAGCUGCAUCAGCGAUCGCUUCCCCCAUCUCAAUAAAUAUUGCUAUUGCAAUAACUACUCUGGAGACUGAAGACUUUUAGGAAUCUCAAAAUUAAGUAUAAGCAGGGAACAUUGUUGUGCAACACAUUGCUGAAUGUUACUUAAUUUCAGUUUUGCGACAUUACACAACGUUACCCAACAUGUUGUACUGCAAAUAUAGCCUGAUGAAUAUAGCGCUAAAAGCUGGCAAAUUACAAUUGAGCCUCGUUACAUUGCAGUGUUUUUCAGAGCUAAUUAUUUCACUAUGAAUGACGUCACAAGUUUAGGGUUCAAUAGUAACUUGUCGGCUUUCAAAUCUGUAGAUAGAUUUUGUGAUUUAAGAAGUCGUGCAUCUCUUUACGAGUCUCGACAUGUGAUCUGUCAGCCCCAAAUCUAUUAAUUUUCUUAAAACCGCUGGUUAUUGUAAUUCCACCGAGAUUUUGCAAUUAUGAUAACAGUCGUUAUUCUAUUCUACUAAUAUCUAAUUGCAAUGGCAGUUGAGUCAUAAUAGAGUUUUUUUUAAUUUUUAAAGGUUAUU